UUAACUUAGUUUGGUGGCGCUUGAUGUUAUUCUAGCACAUAGGGCACGCUUCCGGCAGUCAUCCACACGGGAUGAUAGAGUGGAUUCUUGCCAUUGCUUUCCUGCGCUGUCUAGUAGUAGUGUAGCGACUGUAGGCGCAGCGAGUGUCGGAGAUUUCGCCGUUUGUCUCACGGUUUCACUUUCUGCUUCGCCGCAUCGUUUCCUCGCCGUGACACCGCCGUGCGGGGCGAACGAUGGACGACGAGCUGGAGGGCGAAGUCGUGCAGGAAAUCUUCUGGGCACACGUGAGCCUGGUGUCGCGAGCGGCCCGCACCGAACUGCUGCCGAUGGCGGACGCGGCCGCCUUCUACGUGCGCCUGUACGUGUUGCGGCCGGGCACGCUCGCCGUGUUCGUGGCGCUGCUGGCCGCGGUGCUGCUGUGCCAGUCGACGAACGACGCCUGGCUGCGGCUACUGCUGCGCCGCUUCGAGCUCCUGGGCCGGCCCGACGCCGUCAAGAAGCUGCUGAUGCGCAGCCAGCCCGUCGGAUCGGCCACCGAGCGUCGCUCCUGGGAGAUGCAGGCAAAGCACGCAGGCGUGUUUGCAAUGCAGGGGCGCAGGCCACGCAUGGAGGACCGUUUCUGCAUUCUCAGCGAUGAGCAGCACGAUCUUCAUCUUUAUGGAGUCUUCGAUGGUCAUGGCGGUGAGGUGGCAUCAGACUUUGCUGAGCAGCGCCUGUUUCCCUCACUGAUGCCGAAGCUUGUGGAGGCUGUGCAGCGGCAGCAAGCCGGAGGUAGCGGCGAGACAGUGGAGCAACUGCUGUCAGAAUUCUCGCAGCUGCUCACCGAUGAGAUCCUGCAGUUGGACACCGACCUCCUGGUCAUCCUGAAGAAUCGGCAUGACCUCUCAGGCUCAACGCUGCUGGUGGCACUGGUGCAUGGCCAUCACUUGGUGGUAGCCAAUGUGGGUGACUCUCGGGGCGUGCUGGCUGACCGGCGGGGACAGGCCCUGCCUCUGUCGUUUGACCACAAGCCGCAGCAGCUGAAGGAGCACAAGCGCAUUCGUGAAGCUGGUGGCUUCAUCACCUUCAACGGCGUGUGGCGGGUCGCCGGAGUGUUGGCAACGUCCCGUGCACUGGGUGACUACCCGCUCAAAGAGCGUCGUCUGCUUGUUGCCCAGCCUGACGUGCUCACCUUCGACUUGUCUGGAGGGAACGGAGGAGGCGCUGCCUGUGCCGUGCUGGCCUCGGACGGCCUCUGGGACGCGCUGAGCAAUGAACAGGCAGCGUUGCUGGCACUGCAGCACCUCGACGAACACCUCUGCGGGGCUCGGGAACUGGUCGUGCGAGCAUUCAAUGCCGGCUCCCUAGAUAACAUCACAGCACUCAUCGUGGACUUGCGCAGCCGGGCAGUGGCAAACACUACAGUCAGUGAGUGAUUUCUCUGUGGUACACACGCCGUCACGCACCGUCUGCUGCACACCAGUGGCCCUCCUGUCGGCAGUGUUGGCCUGUUGCAGCUUCAGGCUUUUUGCACUUGGAGUAGCCCUUGUCCAGACACCGUCUAUGGGAACUCAUCUCGGCAAGCCAGUGAGCAACAGGAGCUGUAAUCUCUGUUGACUUUGUAAUGUGUUUGUGCUGUCUUGUAGCACCUUUUUUCCUUUUUUUUUAUUUAAGUUGAAGCAUGCUGAACCACUCCUCUCCUUACUUGUUUGCUGUUCGUUGUUUGCAGUGACAGUUGUUGGCUUUUACCAACUAGUAGAGUAUUAUUCCGCUGUUGAUGAUUGCAGCACUAUUGUACAUAGUAUUUAUUUGUUCUGUACAUAGUUCUUGGCGCUGGAAGCAGUUUGUCUGAUGUGUUUGUAAUUGCAGUGUCAUGCGGCACAGCCUCCACAAACUCCCAUGUCACACUGUCAAGUUCGUCGGCCACUGAAUCUGCAUGUUUUCGUGUUAGCAGAAAUGUUGAUGCUUGAAGUUGAGCAAGCAGAAACGAGUUAUAUGGCUCGAUGUGUUUCUCACUUCUUGAUAGUUUCUAUAGACGUUAUGACUGCCACAGUCCCUUUCUCAGGCAGAAAAUUUUGUGUCCAAGCCAACCUGCUCUUUCAUAAAGCUUCUCUUGAGGUUUCAGUGCCAGUGCUGUGGUGUCCUUUGGCCGUGCCUUAUUUGCACUCUUUCAAUUUCUUCAGUAUAACAAGCCAACUCGCCUAGCAGCAUACAUCGUUAAAGGAGUUACUGCCACAUGCCUUAAAAGCCGUAGAAGCUCUCCAGCUUCUGCAGCUUUCUGUGCUUUUACCUUUCCACAUUUGACAUGCUCCUUGCACAUAAAAAAGAUUACACAUAGCAAGUGUGAAGGUUUGGAAAUGCUCAUAAGGUAGUUUAAUUUGUUGCUUAAGUUGCUCCAGAAGUACUGGCCUUGCAUCAUUGACAUAAUGGGGAUGUCAUGACACAGGAAAAUUAGGUGACGUCAUGUAGCAAUGAGGCUGGGCAUGAAGACGUAACUAAAUAAAAUUAGAUCUGGGCCUGUGUCUACUGGCUGUGCUUAUGCAUGGCUGCCCCAGCAAUUGCAUAAACGAAGCGAGCCAAUGUCACAUCACGGCAGGAGCUGGGUACUGAAGCAGACACUGGUUCAUAGAAACAAAUAUAUUUGUAAAUUAGUGACGGCACUCUGACGGCUUGCUGGUAUGUUUUCAAAGGUUUACUGGGUUUGGAAGUUCACCCAAUGCGCUAGAAAAAAAAAAUGUCACAGUUUCGCCCUAAGGGCGAAGCAAUGAAUGCGAUAGCAACACAGCAAUGCUAUACGAAGUAAGGUGAGCGGCUUUGGUAGCAAUAUGAAUUGUAGUAAACAUGAGCUGAUUAAGUAAGCAGGUGUGCUGCGCCGUAAGUAGACCGACAUGAAGAGAGACUCGAUGACCACGAGAAGGCGCCUGUGAAACGGUGGUGUUGAUGAGAAGCGCUUCCCGUGGGCAGCGCGUGCGAAGGGACACACCUGUAGCGCUGCACUGCCGAUCCGGGCAGCAUUGCAUGUGUAGCGUGCGUUGGAGAAUGUGGCCCGACUAUUACUAACUGAAUGAACAAGCGUGGUGUGAGUGCGCACAAACAAACAUGAAUAGAUCACACUGAAUGACUGCAGACAACGACUGUCAAAACGCUGGCAGCAAGCAGCGGGCGAAGGUCCGUGCGGUCUAUCGCUUCAACGGAAACUGAGCGGCGAAUGCACGGCGCAUAGAGGUCAGAGCCGUGUGGAGAUAAGCGACGGUGUGAGCGAGCAACGAGCGCGGUUGCUGGCAGAGUAGA